UGUGUGUGUGUGUGUGUCGAUGCAUCGAAACGUACACGAACAUACACUCACUGAGCUCGCUUCUUUAGGAGCACCCGAAGUGUGGUAGUUCCCCCCCCUGCUCUCAAAACAGCCUCAGUUUUUCAAAGCAUCGAGAAUAUAAAUGAGUAAUGAAUGGCGUAUAUCCUUUACAUAUGUGCUGUAGGUGGUUGGUCCACUUGUAUUGGAGAUGAGGGGUCUUGCUGUUUCGUUGUUUUCUAUUCACCGGUCUCUGGGCAGGAAGGUCAGUUGUGGCCCCUAAGGGACGCACAUGGUCAGCAGCUAUACUCGGGCUGUGGCAGUCAAACCACGACUGACUGCUAUUAAGGGGCUUCCAUGUUUGCCAAGAAAAAUCCAUGUCUCACAACAUGACAGCAGCAGCAGCAGCAUCAGCAGCCUGGACUCCAUGGAGUCAUGGACCCAACAGUCCGACUCCUCCAACGAACAAGCCCCAUUCCUACCAUGUUCUUGGGCACCGUGUUCUCUGCAGCUGACGUACUUCUCCUGCCCUGUGCAUGCAUGCUUUUCAUUGCAUUGCGAAGCUGCCACAUGACUGGCCGAUUGGAUUAUUGCAUGUAGGACAAAGGGGGCGACAUGGUGGAGCAGUGGUCAGCACCUUUCUGUGUGGAGUCUUCAUGUUCGCCCAGUGACUGGUUGGGUUCUCUCUGGUUACGGUCCAGAGACAUGCAGUCGGCCUGUAGGUGUGAAUGUGAGCAUGAAUGGUUGACUGUCAGCCCCGGGUUAGACUGACCACCCGUCCAGGGUGCACCCUGCCUCUCAUGCUCAAGCCCCGUCAGGAUAAGCGGAGUUUAAGGAAGUGGUGGGCGGCUCUACCAGACAACCGGCGGCAGCUCAUGCGCGAAUGGGUCCGGAUGCGCCGCUGGCAUCUGGCAGUGGGGGCAGGUGUUGCUAUGGUGAUUGCAGCUCUCCUUCUCCUGACCCACCUGGAUGAGUCUCCUGUGACGGGACGAACCCGCCUCCUGGUGUUCAGCAGAGAGAACUACAUGGAGCUGGCUGCUCUGACUUCAGAUGCUUACAUGGAGGAGUUUGCGGAGCUGUUGCUUCCAGUCACUGACCCCCGUCACAAGGUGGUGGAGCGGGUGGUGCAGCAUCUGGCACAAAGGAACAAGGACAUUCCUCAAGUGUCUGAUGUCACCUGGAGCGUCCAUGUGGUACAAAGUCCAAACGUCAACGCCUUUGUCCUACCGAACGGCAAAGUGUUCAUGUUUACGGGGAUGCUGGACGCUGUGGCGGAUGUUCACCAGCUCACCAUUGUGCUGGGACACGAGAUGGCUCAUGCAGUAUUGGGACAUUCUGCAGAACAGGCCAGCCUGUCUCAUGUUGUGGACCUCCUGUCCCUUAUUCUGCUGACAGCCAUCUGGGCCCUGUGUCCUCGAGACAGCUUGGCACUGCUGGGACAGUGGGCGCAGGACAAGCUUACACAGCUGAUGUUCAGCCGUCCCUACAGUCGGAAACUAGAGGCUGAGGCCGACAAAGUGGGAUUGCAAUUGGCUGCUAAGGCAUGUGCAGAUGUGCGAGCAGGACCAGUCUUCUGGCAGCAAAUGGAAAUCAAAGACCAGCUGACAGGAGAGCCCGCCUUCCCAGAGUGGCUGUCCACGCACCCGUCCCACAGGAACAGAUUCACUCUGCUGGACAGCCUCAUACCAGAGGCUCUGGAGUUGAGGGAAAGUUGCAUUUGCCCUGCUCUACCCGAUUCUGACCCCCGUGUUGUCUUCUCCAAGAGCGUCCAGGUGUUGCUGGAAACUGCUAGAGAUCAGGGCAGGGGAGGGCCAGAGGGCACAAGCAAGCCCCACCUGCCCUAUAGCCCGGCCUCACUCCCCUCUGCAAUGCCUGCAGCUCUGCUUGCCCAGACUGCGUCUUUUCCUUCCUCAAAUGUGAAUCAAGAGAGCAAAGGUCCAGUCCCAGUUGUAGCCUCAGAGACAACUGUAGCGACCGCUGUUCCGGCUCCUGCUGAGGGUGACGCACCACGGUGCGGGGUGCAGAUCAUCAGCUGACGCGUGUGAAAUCCUCACAAACCAGUGGCUCUGCACGGAUUGGACCAGACUAUUUAUUACUGCUGAAAUACAUUUCAUCUUUUAAAUUUCAGGGGCUCUGAAAUUGGUGCACAGGUGGUAAUUUCCCACCAAGCGUUGCAGAGAUCUUUCACGCUUCUCUUGAGACUCCUCCUGGUUGGUCAGGGUACGUUCCCCGAAUGUAGAAAAUAGGUGGAGAAAAUCUGCACAAAUAAAUAGAGAAGGAAGAAAACAUUCAGUGUCCCUUCUAAUCUUUCCAUCUACUGCAAGACACCGCUGACUGAACUUUAGAGAAAGUUCUCCAUGUGACGACAAAGAAGCCACAUUAAUUAGAUAACCUCAAACAGGGAAAUGCUGAAUUAAUUAGUAAAGCUUCCAUACAUUGCACGAUUAAUAUGUGCAUUAUUCAUUGAGGCACAGCAACAAGACAAGAGUAAGCACUUUGUGUGUGCAUGUUGGAGGGUGUGUCCAUGGCAGGCAGAGGACAUCUACAUUCUCAUUAUGACGACUACAUUCUCAUGCUACACACACAGCACUUUAUGCAUAACUCCACCCUGGGGGAUUUAAUGGUGUAAAUUUAUACCAAGUUGUUUGCAGAUUUUAAAACACAGCCUUCUGCACAGGAAUCCCAACAUCCAUUGUCUAGCUUUGAAAAGUCUUUCAUGGGAUUUUGUACAAUCUAAUUUAACAAGGCAAGAAAACAUCCUUAUUUACAGCAACAGCCUGCAGGAGCAAGAGGGAAUGAAGGGAAGAGGGCAUUCUUGGUAAUCUUCUGUAUCUGUGCUCAAACAAAAUUGCACCCUUGAUUAUAUUACUAAAUCAAUAGGGCUCGUCUGGGUUUUCAUUUGGGAUAGAUUAUUUUAUUGUGUCAUGUUUUUUAGGUGCUGGUUAUGUAUCAGCUCAUAAAACAUCAGUCUAAAGUCUCAGAGCUGCUGUGGAAUCUUUGUCUUACUGCAAACAGGGUGGGUCUACAUCAGAGUCUGUGUCUGCAUUAGAGAAAGUGGCCAGUGAUUGGUUUUGUGCAAAACCGUGCAAUGAAAAGGCAAUAGCAGUUUUUGCAUAUCAAUACCUCAGAAGAAAUGUGCGGGCAAAAAAAAUUGGGGGAAGUAUAAUCUUGCCUAUUUUCCAUUGCAAGUUCCACUUCCAAUUGAAAUGGAUGAAGGAUGCCCAUUUAUCAACAAGAGAAACUAGGCUUAUGGAAAUAUAAUGUAUUAUUUACUCUCUGUGCGUGCGUGUGUCUGUGUGAGAGAAAAUUGUCAGGCUUCUUUGACAUUGCACAAGAACAUCAAAACCCUUCAGUCGACCCACCAACCAAUUGAGACAGUGGGUAAGAGAUGAUAAUAAUCAAAUGAAAGCUUCUAUGAUUCCCACUUGUUGACCUCACCAAAGUGCCUUUGUAAUGUUCCCCAACUGUUACAGUUUUUUGUUUAUGGAAUACAAGAUCAAUGUUGUGGUAAAGGAUUUUGUUUUUGA